AUGAAUCUCGGCCCUCCUCGCCCAGGCCAGCCCGGUCCAACUCCAAUUUCUGCCCCGGGAAUGGCCCCAGUAAUGUCGACAGGGAUGCCUAACCAACAGAUGCCAGGCAUGCCGCCUAAACCAGGAAUGCCUCCACAGAUGCCGGGACAGUCGCCGAUGCAGCCACAAAUGGGCGGUUUGCCCCCAAUGUCACAGCCAGGAAUGGCGCCAAGGCCGGCUAUGCCAGGUCAACCUCCUCAGAAUCCAGGAAUGUCUCCUAGACCUGCUAUGCCAGCAACACCAGGAAUGCCUCCUAUGGGAAGUCCCGGAAUGUCUCCAAUGUCACAGCCAGGAAUGCCACCAAGGCCAGCGAUGCCAGGAAUGCCGCCAAGUCCGAACAUGGGUCCAGGAGCCCCUCAAAUGAAUCAUAUGAAUAAUGGUCCACCGAGACCCGGAAUGCCCGGUCCACCACAGCCUGGAAUGCCUCAACAAUCGGGCAUGCCUUCACAACCAGGAAUGCCUCCACGACCAGGCAUGCCUCCACAGCCUGGGAUGGCCCAACAACCCGGUAUGCCCCCACAAACGGGAGGUAUGCCACCCCGACCUGGAAUGCCCCCAAUGGGAGGGCCACCACAACAAAUGGGUGGCCCACCGCGCCCAGGAAUGGGCCCUGGAGCUGGAAUGGGUGGCUAUCCACAACAACAGAGACAAAAACUGGACCCAGACUCGAUUCCAUCGCCAAUCGAAGUAAUGCAAAAUGAUCAAGCAAUUUUCGACGACCAGACAUACACGACAGAUAAGGGUGCAGUUCCACCUGCUUGUACGACAAAGAUUAAAAGGGGAAUCCAAGAUGCCGGUUCCUGUUCCCCCAGAUACGUUCGAUCUUCUUUAUAUUCUCUUCCAGCUACAUCCGAAAUGGCGAAGCAAACGCAGAUCCCGAUGACAUUGAGUAUUAACGCAAUGGCUGAACCUGAUCAAGGAGAACCUCCAGUUCUCCUGGCUGAUUUUGGAGAAUUCGGUCCUCUGAGAUGCAAAAGAUGCAAAGCAUACGUCUGCCCUCAGUGGAGAUUUAUCGAAGGCGGCAGAUCCUUCCAGUGUCACUUGUGCCACGCUGUUACAGAAGUGCCUCAGCAUUACUUCCAAAUGACCGAUCAUAUGGGCUACCGAAUGGAUCGCCAGCAGAGGCCAGAAUUGUGCCGUGGCAGCUAUGAGUUCCUCGCAACGAAAGACUAUUGCACCAAUAAUAAAUUGCCUGAUCCGCCAGGAUUCAUUUUCGCUAUCGAUGUCUCGUAUAAUGCCAUGCGGACAGGACUCGUGCACAUGGUCUGUGAAACUAUUCCUAAAAUUCUUGACAGUCUACCGAGAAAUCCCGAAACUGGAGAAUGUCCCGUCAAAGUCGGUUUUGUGACUUACUCGCAUACAAUUUCCUUCUUCAAUUUGAGCGAAGACCUGAGCCAGCCCCAAAUGAUGGUCGUUGGAGAUUUGGAAGAAAUCUUCACGCCUCUACAGCGCGGUUUCCUCGUCGAUCCAGACAAAUGCAAAGAAAACAUUGAUUUAUUACUAGGUCAAAUUCCACAGCUAAAUCCCCAACCAGCUCCUGAUGCAUGUUUCCUGCCAGUCGUUCAAGCCGCCGCUCAAGCUUUUGAUUCCUGCCAACGCGCUGGUAAACUGUUCCUGUUCCACUCUUCGCUGCCCACUGUUGCUGCUCCUGGAAAAUUGCAGAACAGAGAUGACAGAAAACUCAUAGGUACUGACAAAGAAAAAUUCCUCUUCCAAGCUGCUGACAAAAUCUACGAAAAGGUUGGAAAAGAUCUCGUUGCUGCGUCAACUUCUGUGGAACUCUUCCUCUUCCCAUCUCAGUAUGUUGACGUUGCUUCUAUGGCACAUGUCUGUCAUCUCACAGGCGGCACACUUUACAGAUAUCCGUUUUUUGAUAUCAACAAGGACAGGGAACAAUUUACAUCAGAUGCGAUUCGAGCUGUUACUAGACAAACGGCGUUUGACGCUAUUUUGAAAGUGCGAACUACUGCUGGACUGAGAGCUGUUGAUUUUGUCGGUUCUUUUUAUAUGACAAAUACACAGGACGUUGAGUUGGCUGCAUUGGAUGCUGAUAAGGGAAUCGCAAUCGAGUUGAAACAUGACGAUAAAUUGAACGAAUCUGAAGGUGCAGCUGUUCAAGUCGCACUGCUGUACACUUCUGUCUUUGGCGAAAGACGCCUUAGAAUUCACAAUUUACAGCUCGGCGUAAUCAGCCAACUAGCGGACGUAUACAAAGUUGCAGAAACAGAUGCGAUGAUGAAUUUCUUUUCCAAACUGGCGGUCAGAAGUUGCAGAGACACCUCGCCACAGAAGCUCAAAGAAGGAUUAAUUCAACGCUUUUCAAAUAUUCUCGCUACCUAUCGAAAACAUUGCGCUGAUCCUAGCUCAAUUGGCCAGCUGAUUCUCCCUGAAAGACUAAAGGUCAUGCCAGCAUAUAUGAAUUCUUUGUUAUGCGACGACGGCAUUUUCCCCCAUCACGAAACAAAUACGGACGACCGGGCUUAUCUCAGGCAGAAAAUCUUGCAGAUGAAUGUUCGAGCUUCUUGCGCGUAUUUCUAUCCAUGUGUUUAUCCUAUUCUUAAUACUGCGUUGGAUCCCGCACUUCCCAAACCUUCUUUGAGAUGUUCUAUCGAAAGAUUCAAACAAGAACAGGUUUAUGUUAUUGAAAAUGGACUUCAAUUGUACAUCUGGGUCGGCCAAAAUGUCACUCCAAACGACGUGCAAUCAAUUUGGGGAGUCAACUCUCCCCUGGAGGUCCCCGACGGUCUUCCAAAGCUAGAAACCGAGCAAAACAGUACGAUGAAUCAGCUGAUGGCCAGUUUAGCGACGCUAAGAGGACGAAACUUAAAACCAAUAAUUAUUCGAUGUGGGCAUCCAGACGCCAAAAUAACAGAAUCGCGAAUGCGAAGACUAAUGAACGAAGACAGUAAAGGCGCCGGCACAACCUCCUAUGUCGACUUUCUCGUUCACGUACACAAAGAAAUCCGUCAGUUACUAAGUUAA